UUGGUGUUGGUGGACUUUUAACAUUUAAUCUGCUUAUGUCGUGAAUAAUACAUGCAAAUUAGAAAUGUAAAAGUGAACCGCUGGCCAUCCAGAGGACAUUUCAUCUGAAAGCCUGCUGGAUGAUGAGUAGGUCUCCUAAGAGUUAGAGACCAUUCUGGAAGAGCUGACGGGACAGGCUGUAAGCUCUGCAGAUUGCUGCGAUGUUCAGGAUCGGAAGGAGACAGCUCUGGAAGCAGAGUGUCACCCGCGUUUUAACGCAAAGACUGAAGGAAGAGAAGGAAGCCAAGCAGGCUCGUUUGGAUGGUCGGCAUGACUACUUAUUUGGGAUUGUAGCUUCCUGCGUGGACCUGAACAAAACUGAAGUGGAGGAUGCCAUCCUUGAGGGGAAUCAGAUUGAAAGAAUUGAUCAACUUUUUGCGGCUGGUGGACUCCGUCACCUCAUGUUUUACUACCAGGAUGUGGAGGUAGCAGAAACAGGACAACUUGGCCCUCCAGAAGGUGCGAAUCCUGUUCCUGGAAAGAUUAAAAAACCAAAGGUGUUUGUGACUGAGGGAAAAGACGUUGCUCUCACCGGGGUUUGUGUGUUUUUCGUCAGGACCGACCCUUCCAAACCCAUCACCCCUGAGAACAUCCACCGGGAGGUGAGCUUUAAUAUGUUAGACACGGCCGACGGGGGUCUGCUAAACAGCGUGCGGCGCUUGCUGUCGGAAGUCUUCAUUCCGGCCCUCAGGGCCACGCAGCACGGCUGGGGCGAGCUCAGCGGCCUGCACGAAGCCGCCAGCAUUCGGCAGGACUUCCUGUGCUCCCUGGAAGGCUUCGUGAGUGUCCUGGCCGGCGCACAGGAGAGCUUGAAAGAGAAGGUGAACCUUGAAAAGUGUGACAUAUUUGAAUUGAAAACCCUGAAGGAACCUAUGGAUUACUUAGCGAUAGCUAAUAACCCUGAGACUUUGGAAAAAAUAGAGGCUUGUAUGAAAGUAUGGAUCAAACAGACAGAACAGGUUCUUGCUGAAAACAAUCAGCUGCGUAAGGAAGCAGAUGACCUUGGACCCCGAGCAGAAUUGGAGCACUGGAAAAAAAGACUAUCCAAAUUUAACUAUCUUUUGGAUCAACUGAAAAGCCCAGACGUGAAGGCGGUGUUGGCUGUGCUAGCUGCUGCCAAGUCGAAACUCCUGAAGACUUGGCGGGAUAUGGAUAUUCGAAUCACUGAUGCGGCUAAUGAAGCGAAGGACAAUGUCAAAUAUUUAUACACACUUGAAAAAUGCUGUGACCCCUUGUACGGCAGUGAUCCUAUAUCCAUGAUUGAUGCCAUUCCUACACUUAUAAAUGCAAUUAAAAUGAUCUAUAGCAUCUCUCAAUAUUACAACACCUCUGAAAAGGUAACAUCUCUGUUUGUAAAGGUUACAAAUCAGAUGAUAUCUGCAUGUAAAGCCUAUAUUACCAACAAUGGAACCGCCUCCAUAUGGAACCAGCCACAGGAUGUUGUUGUGGAAAAAUUAUCGUCUGUGAUUAAACUUAAGCAGGAAUACCAGCACUGCUUUCACAAGACAAAACAAAAGCUUAAACAAACUCCAAAUGAGAAACAGUUUGAAUUUAGUGAGAUGUAUAUUUUUGGAAAAUUUGAAACAUUCCACCGACGUCUUGCCAAGAUAAUAGACAUCUUUACAGCCUUUGCUACGUAUUCAGUCCUACAAGAUUCUAAAAUUGAAGGGCUUGAAAACAUGGUGGCUAAGUAUCAGGGCAUUGUUGCAACCAUAAAGAAAAAGGAAUAUAAUUUCUUAGACCAGCGGAAAAUGGAUUUUGACCAGGAUUAUGAAGACUUUUGCAAGCAGACUAAUGACCUUCAUAAUGAGUUGCAGAAGUUCAUGGAUGUUACCUUUGAAAACAUUCAAAACACAAACCAAGCUCUAAGUAUGUUAAAGAAAUUUGAAAGAUUGAAUAUACCUAAUCUUGGUAUUGAUGACAAAUACCGGCUUAUUCUUGAGAGCUAUGGGGCGGACAUUGACAUGAUUUCAAAGCUGUAUACCAAGCAGAAAUACGAUCCUCCUCUGGCUCGAGACCAGCCUCCCAUCGCUGGGAAGAUUCUGUGGGCCCGUCAGCUCUUCCACAGAAUUCAGCAACCCAUGCAGCUUUUCCAGCAGCAUCCGGCUGUGCUGCGGGCAGCAGAAGCCAAGCCUGUGAUUCGCAGUUACAACAGGAUGGCCAAGGUUCUCCUGGAGUUUGAGGUUCUCUACCACAGAGCGUGGGUUCAGCAGAUUGAAGACAUUCACAUAGGACUUGAGGCUUCUUUAUUGGUGAAGGCUCCAGGCACAGGAGAAUUAUUUGUGAAUUUUGAUCCUCAGAUAUUAACUUUAUUUAGAGAAACAGAGUGCAUGUCACAGAUGGGUUUGGAAGUCUCACCAUUUGCAGCUGCCCUCUUCCAGAAACGGGAUAUAUACAAAAAGAACUUCAGUAACAUGAAGAUGAUGCUGGCUGAAUAUCAGAGAGUAAAGUCAAAAAUGCCUCCUACCGUUGAGCAACUGAUGGUCCCUCAUUUGGCUCGAGUAGAUGAAGCUCUCCAACCUGGCUUGACCACCCUCAACUGGACAUCACUGAACAUUGAGAAAUAUUUAGAAAACUCUUUUGGCAAGAUCAAGGACCUGGAGUUGCUGCUGGACAGGAUCAAUGAUCUGAUUGAGUUCCGCAUCCAUGCCACACUGGAAGAAAUCAGCAGCACCCCUCUUUGCCAGCUUCCCGAGGAGGACCCGCUUACCUGUGAGGAGUUUCUACAAAUGACAAAGAACCUUUGUGUAAAUGGUGCUCAGAUACUACAUUUUAAAAGCUCAUUAGUGGAAGAAGCAGUCAAUGAACUAAUAAAUAUGUUGCUGGAUGUGGAAGUUCCAUCUAAAGAAGAAAGUGAAAAAGUAUCCAGUGAGAAAAGAGUUGAUUCAAAGAGUGAAAAUUCAGCUAAAGGAGAAGGAAAACCCGACACCUUGGCGUCUUCCCUUAAUGCCAGUGAAACCGGGCCUGGCCUCCUGCCUUUGGUCGCCAUCAAGAGAAAGAAGAGAGACGCUGAGCUGUUACAGCAAGAAGCCUGUGAAUUGCUCUCUCAUUUCAACCAUCAAAAUGCAGAUGCUCUUCUGAAAGUGACAAGGAACACCCUGGAGGCCAUUCGCAAGCGCAUUCAUUCUUCCAACACAAUUAGCUUCCGGGACAGUAUCAGUGCAUCCAAGAUGAAGCAGAACAAUCUGCCCAUUUUCCGGGCAAGUGUCACUCUGGCCAUUCCCAACAUCACCAUGGCUCCUGCCCUGGAAGAUGUGCAGCAAACGUUGAACAAAGCCGUUGAGUGCAUUGUCAGCAUCACCAAAGGGGUUAGACAGUGGAGCAGUGAGCUGUUGUCUAAGAAAAAGGUGCAUGAAAGAAAAAUGGCUGCUUUGCAAAAUAAUGAAGACAGUGAUUCUGAUGAUGAAAUGGAAGAAAAUGAACUUCAAGAUACUUUUGAGAUUGCAUCAGUAAACUUGCCCAUUCCAGUGCAAGCCAAGAACUAUUAUAAGAAUGUCUCUGACAACAAAGAGAUUGUAAAAUUAGUCUCUGUACUUAGCAUGAUUAUCAACUCUACCAAAAAGGAAGUUCUUACGUCCAUGGAGUGUUUCAAACGCUACAAUCACAUUUGGCAAAAGGAGAAAGAAGAAACUGUUAUGACAUUUAUUUUGAAAAGCCCCUUGCUUUCAGAAUUUGAAUCCCAGAUUCUCUAUUUCCAAAACUUAGAGCAGGAAAUUAAUGCUGAGCCUGAAUAUAUCUGCGUGGGUCCCAUUGCGCUGUACACAGCUGACUUGAAGUUAGCCCUGACUGCUGAGACAAAGGCCUGGAUGGCUGUCAUAGGCCGCCACUGUAAUAGAAAAUACAGGAGUGAGAUGGAAAACAUUUUUACACUCAUAGAAGAAUUCAAUAAGAAACUGAAUCGUCAAAUUAAAGAUAUUGAUGAUAUUCGGAUUGCUAUGGCUGCACUGAAAGAAAUCAGGGAGCAGCAAAUUCCUAUCGAUUUUCAAGUAGGACCUAUUGAGGAAUCUUAUGCCUUGCUUAACAAAUAUGGACUUCUGGUAGCAAAGGAAGAGAUGGAGAAGGUUGAUACCCUGCGCUAUGCUUGGGAGAAGCUUCUGGCACGUGCCAGCGAGGUUCAGAGUGAAUUAGUCUCCCUGCAGCCCAGUUUCAGGAAAGAGCUCAUUAGCACCCUGGAGGUCUUCCACCAAGACUGUCACCAAUUCUAUUUGGACUAUGACCUGAAUGGUCCAAUGGCUGUUGGCUUGAAGCCCCAGGAAGCCAGUGAUAGGCUUAUCAUGUUUCAGAAUCAAUUUGAAAACAUCUAUCGGAAAUAUAUCACCUACACUGGAGGAGAGGAGCUUUUUGGUCUGCCGGUUACUCAGUACCCUCAGCUUCUCGAAAUAAAGAAGCAACUCAAUCUUCUACAGAAAAUAUAUACUCUGUACAACAGCGUCAUAGAAACUGUAAAUAGCUAUCAUGAUAUUCUUUGGUCUGAAGUGAAUAUUGAAAAAAUCAACAAUGAACUCGUAGAAUUCCAGAACAGGUGCCGGAAACUUCCCCGGGCCUUGAAGGAUUGGCAGGCUUUCCUGGACCUGAAGAAAACCAUUGACGAGUUCAGUGAGUGCUGCCCCCUGCUGGAGCACAUGGCCAGCAAGGCCAUGAUGGAGAGGCACUGGGAGAGAAUAACCGCUCUAACUGGGCACAGACUGGACGUGGGGAAAGAAACCUUUAAGUUAAGGAAUAUUAUGGAGGCACCUCUUCUGAAAUACAAAGAGGAAAUAGAGGACAUCUGUAUCAGUGCUAUAAAGGAGAGGGACAUUGAGCAAAAACUGAAGCAAGUGAUUACCGAGUGGGACAACAAAAUAUUCACAUUUGGCAGCUUUAAAACCCGUGGAGAGCUCCUCCUGAGAGGAGACAGUACCGCGGAAGUCAUCGCCAGCGUGGAGGACAGCUUAAUGCUGCUGGGUUCCCUACUGAGCAGCAGGUACAAUAUGCCAUUCAAAGCCCAGAUUCAAAAAUGGGUGCAGCACCUUUCCAACACGGCAGACAUCACUGAGGACUGGAUGACUGUGCAGAACCUGUGGGUUUACUUGGAAGCUGUCUUUGUGGGAGGAGACAUUGCCAAGCAGCUGCCCAAGGAAGCCAAGCGCUUUUCCAACAUAGAUAAAUCUUGGGUGAAGAUCAUGUCUCGGGCUCAUGAAAUGCCAAAUGUGGUGCAGUGCUGUGUUGGGGAUGAGACCAUGGGGCAGCUAUUACCACACUUGCUGGACCAGUUGGAAAUAUGUCAGAAAUCCCUUACUGGGUACUUGGAGAAAAAGCGCCUCUGCUUUCCUCGGUUCUUCUUUGUCUCGGAUCCAGCUCUCCUGGAGAUUCUGGGGCAGGCCUCAGACUCGCACACCAUACAGGCGCAUUUGCUGAAUGUGUUUGACAACAUUAAAAACGUCAAGUUCCACGAAAAGAUCUAUGAUCGCAUUUUGUCAAUUUCAUCGCAAGAGGGUGAGACAAUUGAAUUGGCUAAACCUGUGAUGGCAGAGGGCAAUGUGGAAGUUUGGCUUAAUUCUCUCUUGGAGGAAUCUCAAUCCUCAUUACAUCUUGUGAUUCGCCAGGCAGCUGCAAAUAUUCAAGAAGCAGGCUUCCAGCUGAUUGAAUUCCUUUCUUCCUUCCCUGCUCAGGUUGGACUAUUAGGAAUUCAAAUGAUAUGGACACGGGAUUCAGAAGAAGCCCUUAAAAAUGCCAAGUUUGAUAAAAAAAUCAUGCAGAAAACUAAUCAGUCUUUCCUGGAGCUCCUGAACACACUGAUAGACAUCACGACAAAGGAUCUGAGUUCUUUGGAACGAGUUAAAUAUGAGACUUUGAUUACUAUUCAUGUGCACCAAAGGGAUAUCUUUGAUGAGCUGUGUCACAUGUAUAUCAAGAGCCCUACGGACUUUGAGUGGCUGAAACAGUGCAGGUUUUAUUUUAAUGAAGAUUCUGACAAGAUGCUGAUUCGCAUCACAGAUGUGACUUUCAUAUACCAGAACGAAUUCUUAGGCUGCACUGACAGGCUUGUCAUAACUCCACUCACGGACAGGUGUUAUAUCACAUUGGCACAAGCUCUGGGAAUGAGCAUGGGGGGAGCCCCUGCUGGACCAGCUGGGACGGGCAAAACAGAAACAACCAAAGAUAUGGGACGAUGUCUUGGGAAAUAUGUGGUGGUUUUCAAUUGUUCGGACCAGAUGGAUUUCCGAGGACUUGGACGGAUUUUUAAAGGGCUGGCACAGUCUGGUUCCUGGGGUUGUUUUGAUGAAUUUAACCGAAUUGAUCUACCAGUCCUCUCAGUUGCAGCCCAGCAAAUUUCCAUUAUUCUGACAUGUAAAAAGGAGCGUAAAAAAUCUUUUAUUUUUACCGAUGGAGAUAGCGUGGCUAUGAACCCUGAAUUUGGACUUUUUCUAACCAUGAAUCCUGGCUAUGCUGGGAGGCAGGAACUUCCUGAAAACUUGAAGAUUAACUUCCGCUCUGUGGCCAUGAUGGUCCCCGACCGCCAGAUUAUCAUAAGAGUGAAGUUGGCAAGUUGUGGCUUCAUUGACAACAUCGUUCUGGCCAGGAAGUUUUUCACACUUUACAAGCUGUGUGAGGAGCAGCUUUCAAAGCAGGUUCAUUAUGACUUUGGUCUGCGUAACAUUCUGUCAGUGCUGCGGACAUUGGGAGCUGCAAAAAGAGCCAACCCCAAGGAUACAGAAUCUACAAUUGUUAUGCGUGUACUCCGAGAUAUGAAUCUUUCUAAACUGAUUGAUGAGGAUGAACCCUUAUUUUUGAGUCUGAUUGAGGAUCUCUUUCCAAACAUUCUUCUGGAUAAGGCAGGUUAUCCUGAAUUGGAAAUGGCAAUUAGUAGACAGGUUGAAGAAGCCGGUUUAAUCAACCAUCCUCCUUGGAAACUGAAAAUCAUCCAGCUGUUUGAAACGCAGAGGGUGAGGCAUGGAAUGAUGACGCUGGGGCCGAGUGGAGCAGGAAAGACCACCUGCAUCCACACCUUGAUGAGAGCCAUGACAGAUUGUGGAAAACCACACCGAGAAAUGAGGAUGAAUCCUAAAGCAAUUACAGCCCCACAGAUGUUUGGUAGGCUUGAUGUGGCCACAAAUGACUGGACGGAUGGGAUUUUUUCUACCCUUUGGAGAAAAACAUUGAGAGCAAAGAAAGGGGAACAUAUCUGGAUAGUUCUUGAUGGACCUGUAGAUGCCAUCUGGAUUGAAAAUCUGAAUUCUGUUUUGGAUGAUAACAAAAUGCUAACCCUUGCCAAUGGUGAUCGGAUCCCCAUGGCACCAAACUGCAAGAUCGUUUUCGAACCUCAUAAUAUUGACAAUGCUUCUCCUGCCACCGUCUCUAGAAAUGGAAUGGUUUUCAUGAGUUCUUCUAUCCUUGAUUGGAGUCCUAUUCUUGAGGGUUUCCUCAAAAAGCGCUCACCUCAAGAAGCUGAGAUUCUUCGUGGGCUGUACACGAAGUCCUUUCCAGAUCUAUAUCGCUUCAGUAUUCAGAACCUGGAAUACAAGAUGGAGAUGCUUGAAGCGUUUGUAAUCAUGCAAAGCAUCAACAUGCUUCAAGGCCUGAUCCCUCCAAAGGAGCAAGGUGGGGAGGUCACGUCGGAGCACCUGGGGAGACUGUACGUCUUCUCCCUGAUGUGGAGCGUCGGGGCGCUGCUGGAGCCCGACGGCCGGCGCCGGCUGGAGCACUGGCUGCGCUCGCGGGAGGGGCUGGCCUUGGAUCUGCCCGCGCUGGCGGGGCCGGAGGACAGCAUGUUUGACUAUUAUGUGGCGCCGGGAGGUAAAUGGAUGCACUGGAGCACGUGCACUGAGGAAUAUGUGUAUCCAUCUCACACUACCCCAGAAUAUGGUUCAAUCUUGGUUCCAAAUGUCGACAAUGUGAGGACUGACUUUCUAAUUAAAACUAUUGCUAAGCAGGGCAAGGCUGUGCUGUUAAUUGGUGAACAAGGAACGGCCAAAACUGUUAUAAUCAAAGGAUUUAUGUCAAAAUAUGAUCGUGAAAGUCACAUAAUCAAGAGUCUGAACUUUUCUUCUGCAACCACCCCAUUGAUGUUUCAGAGGACGAUAGAGAGUUUUGUGGAUAAACGCAUGGGUACAACAUAUGGCCCUCCUGCAGGAAAGAAGAUGACUGUUUUUAUCGAUGAUGUGAAUAUGCCUACAAUCAAUGAGUGGGGAGACCAGGUUACUAAUGAGAUAGUGCGACAGCUGAUUGAACAAAAUGGAUUUUAUAACCUGGAGAAGCCUGGGGAGUUCACCAGCAUUGUGGACAUCCAGUUUCUGGCAGCCAUGAUCCAUCCAGGGGGUGGACGGAACGAUAUUCCCCAGAGACUCAAGAGGCAGUUCUCUAUAUUCAACUGCACGUUGCCUUCUGAUGCGUCCAUGGACAAGAUAUUUGGUGUCGUUGGGGUAGGCCACUACUGCACCCAAAGAGGUUUCCUAGAAGAAGUGAGAGACUCAGUGGUGAAAUUGGUGCCCCUGACACGCCGACUAUGGCAGAUGACCAAGAUUAAAAUGCUCCCUACCCCUGCAAAAUUCCAUUAUGUAUUUAACCUUCGAGAUCUUUCUAGGAUCUGGCAGGGAAUGCUUAACACUACUUCUGAAGUUAUCAAGGAAUCAGAUGUACUGUUAAAGCUGUGGAAGCAUGAAUGUAAACGUGUUAUAGCUGAUCGUUUCACAGUGUCCGAUGAUGUGAGCUGGUUUGAUAAGGCUUUAGUAAGUUUGGUGGAGGAGGAGUUUGGUGAAGAGAAAAAACUCCUGGUGGAUUGUGGAAUUGACACAUACUUUGUGGAUUUCUCGAGGGAUGCACCUGAAGCUACAGGGGAAACACCUGAGGAGGCUGAUGCUGAAAUGCCCAAAAUUUAUGAGCCGAUUGAAUCCUUUAAUCACCUGAAAGAGCGUUUGAAUAUGUUCCUGCAGCUGUAUAACGAGAGCAUCCGCGGAGCUGGCAUGGACAUGGUGUUCUUCAUGGAUGCUAUGGUUCACCUGGUCAAGAUCUCUCGGGUCAUCCGUACUCCCCGAGGAAAUGCCCUCCUUGUGGGGGUGGGCGGAUCAGGAAAGCAGAGCCUCACGAGGUUGGCUUCGUUCAUUGCUGGCUAUACUUCCUUCCAGAUCACUCUGACGAGGUCCUAUAACACGUCUAACCUGAUGGAAGACCUGAAGAUUUUAUAUAGGACAGCUGGUCAGCAAGGCAAAGGGAUCACUUUUAUUUUCACGGACAAUGAGAUUAAAGAUGAGUCAUUUUUGGAAUAUAUGAAUAAUGUUUUAUCAUCUGGUGAGGUCUCCAACUUAUUUGCUCGUGAUGAAAUUGAUGAAAUUAAUAAUGACCUUAUAUCAGUCAUGAAAAAAGAGCACCCCAGGCGCCCUCCUUCUAACGAGAACCUGUACGACUACUUCAUGAGUCGGGUCCGACAGAACCUCCAUAUCGUGCUUUGCUUCUCACCAGUUGGGGAAAAAUUUCGAAAUCGAGCUUUGAAAUUCCCUGCCCUUAUUUCAGGAUGCACUAUAGAUUGGUUCAGCAGAUGGCCUAAGGAUGCCUUAGUUGCUGUGUCUGAACACUUCCUCUCUUCCUAUGAUAUUGACUGCAGUUUGGAAACCAAGAAGGAGGUGGUCCAAUGCAUGGGCUCCUUCCAGGAUGGGGUGGCUGAGAAGUGUGUUGAUUAUUUCCAGAGAUUCCGACGUUCUACCCAUGUGACACCCAAAUCGUACCUCUCCUUUAUUCAGAGCUACAAGUUGAUAUAUGGAGAAAAGCAUGCGGAAGUACAAACUCUGGCCAACAGAAUGAACACUGGAUUGGAAAAACUAAAAGAAGCUUCAGAGUCUGUUGCAGCCCUGAGCAAAGAACUGGAAGCAAAAGAAAAGGAACUACAAGUGGCUAAUGAUAAAGCUGACACGGUCUUAAAAGAAGUGACAAUGAAAGCACAGGCUGCUGAAAAGGUCAAGGCUGAGGUACAGAAGGUGAAGGACAAAGCUCAGGCCAUUGUAGAUAGCAUCUCUACCGACAAAGCCAUCGCUGGAGAAAAACUGGAAGCAGCAAAACCAGCCUUAGAAGAAGCAGAAGCAGCGUUGCAGACCAUCAAGCCUUCCGACAUUGCCACGGUUCGCACGCUGGGACGCCCCCCCCACCUCAUCAUGCGCAUCAUGGACUGUGUGCUGCUACUGUUUCAGAGGAGGGUCAAUGCAGUGAAAAUCGACCUGGAAAAGGGCUGUGCAGUUCCUUCCUGGCAGGAGUCUUUAAAACUGAUGACAGCAGGGAACUUUUUGCAGAACUUACAGCAAUUUCCCAAAGACACAAUCAAUGAAGAAGUGAUAGAAUUUUUGCAUCCUUACUUUGAGAUGGUGGACUACAACAUCGAAACUGCUCAACGCGUGUGUGGGAAUGUGGCUGGACUCUGUUCCUGGACCAAAGCCAUGGCUUCCUUCUUUUCUAUAAACAAAGAAGUGUUACCUCUGAAGGCCAACUUGGUGGUGCAGGAGAAUCGUCACGUCCUGGCGAUGCAGGAUCUGCAGAAAGCACAGGCCGAGCUGGACGACAAGCAGGCAGAGCUCGAUGUGGUACAGGCCGAGUAUGAACAGGCCAUGAAUGAAAAGCAGACCUUACUUGAAGAUGCCGAGCGGUGCAGACAUAAGAUGCAGACAGCGUCUACGCUAAUCAGCGGGUUGGCAGGUGAAAAAGAAAGAUGGACACAGCAAAGUAAAGAGUUUGCUGCACAAACUAAAAGACUUGUAGGGGAUGUAUUGUUGGCCACAGCUUUUCUAUCUUAUUCUGGUCCAUUUAACCAAGAGUUUCGCAAUCUGUUGUUAAAUGACUGGCAGAAGGAAAUGAAAGCCCGGGAAAUUCCAUUUGGAAAUAACCUAAAUCUCAACGAGAUGUUGAUUGAUGCUCCUACGGUUAGUGAAUGGAACCUCCAAGGUCUGCCAAAUGAUGACCUGUCUAUUCAGAAUGGAAUUAUUGUCACAAAGGCAUCUCGCUAUCCUUUGCUAAUUGAUCCACAAACUCAAGGCAAGAUUUGGAUUAAAAAUAAAGAAAACCAAAAUGAACUCCAGAUCACAUCUCUAAAUCACAAGUACUUCAGAAACCACCUGGAGGACAGUCUUUCUCUUGGAAGGCCCCUGCUUAUUGAAGAUGUUGGAGAGGAACUAGAUCCAGCCCUGGAUAAUGUUCUGGAAAGAAACUUCAUUAAAACCGGGUCCACCUUUAAGGUGAAAGUUGGUGACAAGGAAGUAGAUGUGAUGGAUGGCUUCAGACUCUACGUUACCACCAAACUGCCCAAUCCAGCCUACACCCCUGAAAUUAGUGCUCGCACCUCCAUCAUUGACUUCACCGUCACCAUGAAAGGUCUAGAAGAUCAGUUACUGGGGAGAGUCAUUCUCACAGAGAAGCAGGAAUUGGAGAAAGAAAGGACACACCUUCUGGAAGAUGUCACUGCAAACAAAAGAAGGAUGAAGGAACUAGAAGAUAAUUUGCUUUUCCGUCUGACAAGUACUCAGGGGUCCCUGGUGGAAGACGAGAGUCUCAUCGUUGUGUUAAGUAACACAAAAAAGACUGCCGAGGAGGUGACACAGAAGCUGGAAAUUUCUGCGGAGACAGAAAUCCAAAUUAACUCAGCCCGGGAGGAAUACAGACCUGUGGCUACCAGGGGCAGCAUCCUCUAUUUCCUGAUCACGGAGAUGCACUUGGUCAAUGAGAUGUAUCAGACUUCACUCCGCCAGUUUCUGGGCUUGUUCGACCUUUCUUUAGCCAGGUCUGUCAAGAGCCCAAUUACAAGCAAAAGGAUUGCUAAUAUCAUAGAGCACAUGACCUACGAGGUUUAUAAGUGUGCUGCCCGGGGGCUGUACGAAGAGCACAAAUUCCUGUUUACCUUGUUGCUCACCCUAAAGAUUGACAUCCAGAGGAACCGAGUCAAACAUGAAGAGUUUCUCUCCUUUAUUAAAGGUGGUGCCUCAUUGGACCUUAAAGCCUGCCCUCCUAAACCAUCGAAAUGGAUCCUGGACAUGACCUGGCUAAAUUUGGUGGAACUCAGCAAACUUAGACAGUUUUCAGAUGUCCUUGAUCAGAUUUCAAGAAAUGAGAAAAUGUGGAAAAUUUGGUUUGAUAAGGAAAACCCUGAGGAGGAACCUCUUCCAAAUGCCUAUGAUAAAUCUCUUGACUGCUUUGGACGUCUUCUCCUUAUUAGAUCCUGGUGCCCUGAUAGAACCAUUGCCCAGGCCCGCAAGUACAUCGUGGACUCCAUGGGAGAAAACUAUGCGGAAGGAGUUAUCCUGGAUUUGGAGAAGACGUGGGAGGAGUCCGAUCCGCGAACACCACUCAUCUGUCUUCUGUCUGUGGGCUCUGACCCCACGGAUUCCAUCAUUGCCCUGGGGAAGAGAUUAAAAAUAGAAACCCGCUAUGUGUCCAUGGGCCAGGGCCAGGAGGUCCACGCUCGCAAAGUCUUGCAGCAGACCAUGGCAAGCGGAGGAUGGGCCCUUCUGCAGAACUGCCAUCUGGGACUUGAUUUCAUGGAUGAGCUAAUGGACAUAAUUACAGAAACUGAGGUUGUACACAGCACUUUCCGCCUGUGGAUGACCACGGAGGUUCAUAAGCAGUUUCCCAUUACACUCCUUCAGAUGUCCAUUAGAUUUGUCAAUGAGCCUCCCCAAGGCCUCCGGGCAGGACUAAAGAGAACAUAUGGCGGCGUGAGCCAAGACCUGCUGGACGUGAGCAGCGUGGCCCAGUGGAAGCCCAUGCUAUACGCCGUGGCGUUCCUGCAUUCCACAGUCCAGGAGAGGCGCAAGUUUGGUCCACUGGGGUGGAAUAUCCCCUAUGAGUUUAAUCAAGCAGACUUUAAUGCCACUGUGCAGUUCAUCCAGAACCACUUAGAUGACAUGGAUAUCAAAAAGGGGGUUUCUUGGACCACUGUCCGCUACAUGAUAGGGGAGAUUCAGUAUGGAGGAAGAGUCACUGAUGACUACGACAAGAGAUUGCUGAACACAUUUGCUAAGGUUUGGUUCAGUGAAAAUAUCUGUGGACCAGAUUUCAGCUUUUACCAAGGAUAUAAUAUUCCAAAAUGCAACACAGUGGAUAACUAUCUUCAAUAUAUCCAGGGCUUACCGGCCUACGACAGCCCCGAGGUGUUUGGCCUGCACCCCAAUGCUGACAUCACCUACCAGAGCAAGCUGGCCAAGGACGUGCUAGACACCAUCCUGGGCAUCCAACCCAAGGACAGCUCCAGUGGAGGGGACGAGACCAGGGAGGCCGUGGUGGCCAGGCUGGCUGAUGAUAUGCUGGAGAAGCUGCCCCCGGACUACAGCCCGUUCGAAGUAAAAGAGAGGCUGCAAAAGAUGGGGCCAUUCCAGCCAAUGAACAUUUUCCUCAGGCAAGAGAUAGACCGAAUGCAAAGGGUUCUUACCCUGGUCCGAAACACCUUGACUGAGCUGAAACUUGCCAUCGACGGCACCAUCGUCAUGAGCGAAAAUCUACGAGAUGCUUUGGAUUGCAUGUUUGAUGCCAGAAUUCCUGCUCGGUGGAAAAAAGCAUCGUGGGUUUCAAGUACACUGGGUUUCUGGUUUACUGAACUUAUAGAAAGAAAUUGCCAGUUUACCUCUUGGGUUUCCAAUGGACGUCCCCACUGCUUUUGGAUGACUGGCUUUUUUAACCCCCAAGGAUUUUUAACUGCAAUGCGACAGGAAAUAACUCGUGCCAACAAGGGCUGGGCUCUGGACAAUAUGGUGCUCUGCAAUGAGGUCACCAAGUGGAUGAAGGACGACAUUUCGGCCCCUCCCGCGGAGGGUGUCUACGUCUAUGGCUUAUAUCUCGAAGGAGCUGGCUGGGACAAGAGGAACACGAAACUCAUCGAAUCCAAACCAAAAGUGCUCUUUGAGUUGAUGCCUGUCAUAAGGAUUUACGCAGAAAACAACACUUUGCGAGAUCCUCGGUUUUACUCCUGCCCCAUCUACAAGAAGCCAGUUCGCACGGACUUGAACUACAUCGCGGCGGUGGACCUGCGGACCGUGCAGGAGCCCGAGCACUGGGUGGUCCGGGGGGUCGCCCUUCUCUGUGACGUCAAGUGACAGAGCACAGUGCCCGCCCCUCAAUCCUUUGUAAAUGAAGAUCCGAAUGAUCAUUCCUUGCUGAGUUCUGGGCAGUAUGUAAAUCAGGUGGCUCCUGCAGAAUGAGCGAGCUGCAGAGGUUUCCCCCUCUCCUUGGCUGGAUGCUUACACUGAAUCUGCUUCAUCAUUACUGAUCCAUGAGUGUACUUGUUGAAAAAUGUGUUUAGUGAUUUAAAAGUAAAAUUCACCACUUUCUAAUGAAGUGCACCUCUCAUAACCACAUAAUUUUUUUUUUUUUUUUAAUUGUUGGAACUCUAAAGACUGACCAGGUUAAACAGACAAUAUUUCCCUAAAGGGCAUUAUUCUGUUAAUGUGGUUCUGGUGAUAGCAGAGUUGUCUCUGGUAAGAAGGCAAAUUUGUGUUGAUUUUGCUUCUGUUGCCUUUUGCAUUUAGGUCAGGUUAAGAGAUAUAUUUUCACGGCUGCAAGUAGUCAAUUAAAAAAGUUUUUUUUUCUUUAAAUGGUAGGAAAUAGAAUAACGGGUUAAGACAUGAAAACAUGAGUCAUAUAAACUGAUAGAAUAAACAUAUAGAAUAAUGUUCAACCCCACUGGUAAUUAAUAAUGAGACGCUAAUUGAUAUAUCUUAUAAUAAAACAAUUUAAAGCUACAAAUGAAUUGUGAGUUCUUUGUAAAGCGGACACACUCAAAAUUGCUAGAACAAUGUAACUGACCCAACCUUUUUGUAAAACAAUUAAAGUAUAUAGAGAGCCAUAAAAAUGUUCACAUGCUUUGAUCCUUCCUUCCUCUCCUAGAAAUUUAUACUAAGUAAAACGCACAAAAGAGUGAAAACAAAUUAUAUAUAAAAAUGUACUUGUAAUGGAAAAAACAGAAAUACCUUAAAUAUUCAAUAGUUAAGGCUAUGAUUAAGGAAAUUAGGAUAUAUUAGACAGCCAUGAAAAACAAUAUUGAGGAUUCCAUUAUAUAGAAAUGGCAAACACAUAAUAACAAGUGAAAGAUACAAUGAUAAAAUACUGAGUUUGCUGUGUUUAUAAUUAUAAAAUGUAUUUGCAUAUGGACAAGGCAAGAAGACAAUGUGGAAAAACAAAAACAGGCAGUUUAGAAUAGUAAAGGCAAGGACUGCAGGAAAAAAUUUUGGCAGGAAUGAAAGUCUUAGAUUGUGGGUUUUGUUAGUUAAGACAGAUAUUAUCUAAAGAAAUUUUCAGUCAUUUUAAUUUUAAAUUACGUUUCUAAAUUAUAAACCACAUCUAUAACCUAUUGACUACAAUACUUGAACAGUAUUAAAUUAGAAUUGUGCUUUACAUGGUUUACAAACUUUUGGUUAGCAUUAGAUCUGCAUCACUGCAAGUUUCUGUUGAUAGAGUUUAUAGAGGUAGGGGGUAUGAGCAGACAGCUUUAAGUCCCUCUCCCUGGGCUUUGUUCUGCUUAUUAUGAUGAAAGUUCCGCCUGAUGUUUUAUGUGACUCCCACUCACCUUGGAUGAUACUGUUUUCAUAAAAGCAGGCUUCUUCUGGUGUGAAUUACUAUAUCUGUUGAUUGGUGUGAUUUGUGUAAAAUGAUCAUUUUAUUUUGAAGAACAAAUAAUGAAAAUGUAAAAAU